GGGCAUUCACUAGAACUGAGGCAGGGGCAAGGCACGCAGCAGAGAGCUGCUGUCUGCUUAACCCGCUGGGCACGGCUCCUCCAGGCCUAGACAAGAACUUUCCUGCGACGCAAGAUUUACCUUCACUGGAUCACAUUGAGCAUAUAAGAUUAAUUUUGCUAGAUUGAAACCAUGUCUGAUGAAGAUAUCAUCACCACUCUAGCUUACAGCAAAAGCCCAAAGUUCUCCAAAAGAACCACUUUCCAGGAAGAGCUACAAGAAGCACUUUUUGCUCGUGCAGCAAGGCAGAACAGUGCUGAAUAUCUGGAUGACUUUGAGACUUAUGAAGAGGGGUCAGGAGAGGAGCUUCCUGCAGAUGUGGAAUGCCCCCCAAAGAAAUCUGUAGCCUUUGCAAUCCCUCUGUCCAGGUACCAUCUUGGCCAUGUGGGCACUUGGCAGGGUGGAAGUGCUGGGGACUUGGAUUCAUCAUACAGCUGUGAGGGAGCUCAACCAGUGUCUGUGUCGGACAGCGAGAUUCUGACUGCAGAGAGGCAGGUUGUCCCAUCUUCACUAACUGAAAAUUCUGGGUCGUAUAUAAACAGUGCAAUGAAAACAUCAGUUUCCUUUGAAAUGUCUCCUCCACUUAAGUAUUCUUGGAAAAGGAAAACUGUCGAUGACUUGACUUCGUUUGAGGAUAAAGAAAGAACUCAGGCAACAGGCCUCUUGCAAAGAGGAAAAGGGAGUGAAAAGAGGCAGAGACAUGACUCAGAACUUUCAGCUUCUGAAGAAGAAUUAGAUGUUGAGGGGGAUCACGAUCAUCAGAAAAAGGCACCUGUGACUGAGCUGCCGCUCGAGAGGAACGUCAUUAUACCACACAAGCCGAAAAUCAAGCCAGUACCAAAGCCCAGGGAAUUCAAGACUAAAGCAGCAUCAGCUUCAGCUGAGAACAUCAGCAUUCCUGCACAGGAUGAUUAUUCAAAGCCAUCUUCUCAACCCAGAAGAAUGUUAAGGAAAAGUAGCCAUCUGGAGGACUAUGAGGGAUCCAAGAUAGAGGACAGAGCAUCGUAUGGUCAUCGAUCGCUUUCACUGUCUCCGCCAUCUUCCCUUACAAGGCUGAAUGAUCAAGUGACGAAAUCUGAGCACAGAGCACUUUCUGAAAGUCCUGGUCCUGAGGGUCCUUGGAUAACAAGCUCCUCAGCACCAUUCCCUAUCCAUUUUUCAUCACUGGAUGAGAGAACUGGAGAUUCGAAACUUAUCAUGUCAGAGGAAGAAGCCUCAAAAGACCAGGACCAAAAAGAAACUGACAACUGCAGUGAUCUGAAAUUGCAGAACAGUGGCAGAGAAUCCCCUUCUGUGAUAGAACUAAUGAUGACAACAGUGUAUGAGAAAACUAAAAAACGGAACAAGUCAUCUGAUGCUAACCUGGAAGACAAGCUGCAGACAUCACAAUGCUAUGCUACAGAAGGGAGCUCAGAUGAGACAGCUAAGGAAGAUAAGUCCGAACAGAAGAAAGCACCAAGUACUUCCAAGGUUGCACUCAGUGUGUCAAAGGAUUCAGUAAAGGAAGAAGUUGAAGAAAAAGAGACCGCUUCACAAAAAACAAAGCCUCCAGCAGGCAGGUCUUUGAGCGCUACAUAUUUGAAAAAAACAGGGAAGCCUUCUCAUAUCCCAAUAAGUACAUCUUCUCAAUAUUUAGGAACGUUAAAAGUCCUGGACAACAAGCAUUUACAAAAAUAUAGUGCUGAACUUGAUAAAGCAGAUAGUUUACGGGCAGCUGUUUACCAGGACUGGUUGGAAAAGAAAAGAAUCUUCCUAUUGGAACUACAAAGAAUAAAAAGAAAUAAAGCAAAAGACUUGUGGGACAAAAAUGAAAAGAAACAAGCCGCUAAGAAAGAAGAAGCAACUGCGUCCUUUGAAGCUUGGAAAACUAUGAAAGAACAGGAAGCAAAGAAAUUGGCUGAAAAAAAGAGGCUGGAAGAAGAAAAGAAAAAGAAAGAAGCAGAAGAAAAUGAGAAGAAAAAAGAGGAAGCACAAAAGGCAGCUUUUGAGAAAUGGAAAGAAAAGAAAGCUGAAUACUUAAAACAGCAAACAAAAAGGGAGAAAAGAGUUGAGAGAUUAAAAAAGAAGAAAGAAGAAGAGCUUGAUGCAGAGAAAAAAAAGGAUAGCAGGUCUGCUGUUGAAAAAUGGAAUGAGAAAAAAGAAGAAUUUAUGAAGCAGAAGAAAAAAGAAAAAAUCCAAGAAAGAAAAAAGGAAGUAGAAGAACAAUUUGAGAAGGAGGAACAGGAUAAAAAAGCUAUAGAAGAGUAUGAAAAAUGGCUGGAACAGCCGCUUCUGAAGUUCAGCACAGUCCAGAGCCAGCAAAAACUAGAAGCAGCAGCAGCUGCAAAAGAGAAGAAGGAGCUGAAGGAGAGGAUCCAGAAAAAGCAAAAGAAGCUCCAGGUUAUCCUUGAGGAUGAACUGCCCCCUCCAUGGAGCCCACCUGGCAAGGCUGUGUCUUCAAGAAGCUACUGAGAUGCCCAUUGUCAUGAGGAAAGUUCCAGAAUUCUUCCAGCAUCAUUACUGCAUAACAUCUGGUUUUAAUGUGAACUGAAAAUGACUCUUGCAUCCUUUCCUUAAAAUAUUGGUUUGGCUCUCUGAUAUGGGAACAUUGUAGGUCCAAGUAAGUGAUACUCACUGACCAUUUCCACACAACACAAAUAAAACAUCUUGCAGAUGUUUUAAAAAGAACCAUUUUGGCUUUUUUUGUCCAUACAGUGUGGGCAAAUAAAGAGUUUUACCCGAAACUGUUCUUUUACCCUCCUCCCCACCCCCCACUGUUAGAGCUUUCACUUUCAGUUUCUUCACAGCUUGUGUCCGCCAUUUUUAGGAUUCUCCGUGCUGCCCACCAUUUGCAGAGGUUUCUGUUUGCAGCUCAUCCACCCACUGUUUCCACAUAAAAAUACAUGAAUAAAGUUAGUUUUCACUGCUAAUUUAGUGCACGUGUCAUUUUUCCUUUUGUGUGUGUGUGGGGAGGUGUCUUUUGAGCUACGACAACACAAUAUGAGAAUUUGCAAUAUAUACAUAUUUCAAAGACACCUACCUCCAAAAAAAAAGGAAAAAUGAUGUGUGCCUUAUCAGUACUUAUUCAUGUACUUUUUAUAUGAAAACAGUGAAUGGAUGAGCUGCAAGCAAACCUCUGUGGGAACCGUCUGCAAAUGGGUGGCAUGGAGAAUCCUGACGUGGCAAAGAAUGGCAGGCUUGAGCUGCAGAGAAACCGAAAUGAUAGCUUUAAUGUAGUGCUAGAAAAAUAAAACAUUUUGUGCUUUGUGCACAAGCAGGAAACAUCUUCAAACUGUCUUAGGGAAAGAGAUUUCUAGUUUCGUGUUUUCAAAAUAAGUAGGGUUGAGCAGAAAUAAAAUGUCCUGGGGAUGCUUUGGGGGGAAAGCCGUGCUGACUUCCUCCCCAAAAUGCUUCUUUUAAUGUCCUCAAAAUGUUUUAUUUGUGCUGUGCAGAAAUGGUCAGUGUGUAGCUCUCAAUACAAAAGAAUGCAGUUUGCUCAGUAAAUUCCACUGUUUUAUGUAGGUAAAUCCCUUUGUUCCAGUGAAUUUAACCAAGGCUACCAGGAAAUUCUAAAUACAUAGUUCAGCAUUUGACAUGCAAGUUAUAUCUUAAGAAUUGAUGUGUGAGACAUUGGGCGGGGGGGGGGGGGGGGGCUGAAAAGACAGUAACAUCAGGCAGCAUAAUCUGUGAUUUAUACCAAGAGAGUGUCACUCAGUGGCUCAGGAGCUGUGGCUGGUUACCAUUUUUCCAGUAGUUUUCAGAUUCAGGUUUAGAAAACCUGGAAUUUUUUGAAAAAAAUAUGAAAAAAAGCUAAAUCCAUAUACUGGUAUGGGGUUUUUCCCUGAUUUUUUUGGAUUUGUUCAGGUCUAAAACACAAUCACCAAAAAUUCCAAGCCUCCAAAGUCCACAUGGGUCUUGUAGGUGACAGGUGAUGCGGAGUUUAACACUGAGCUGAAGCCCAGCAUUAAGCUCUGCUUCAGCUGUCAUAUGUACUUUGGAGAUGGCAAAGCUGAAUGUUGGGCUCUGCGCUGUCUCCAGUUCAGCUCUGCGCUGUCUCCAAAAUGCAUGUAGACUUUUAAGGCUGCGGGACCAAACCCAGCAUUCUCCUCUCUGCUGUCUGCCACCUCUGAGCCCACAUGGAUUGCAAUGGGUCAGCAGGUAAGUGAGAAGGAGGGGAGGGAGGGACUCCUUCCAUCUUUUUUUCAUAGCAGUGGGGCUGAAGUGGCUCUAAAAAUUCUGGAAAAGGUUGGCAUUUUUAGGGAUCCACUUUUUCAGAUCUCUCAUAUUGUCAUUUUUUUCAAGAGAAAAACCCUAAAAAUACCAAUAAGGUGUUUUUUUUGGGGGGGGGGGGAGGUGUCUGUUUAGCUUUGCCAAAUGCAAACCCUUAUCAGGAGCCACUUAUGACUCUUUGGCAUGCCACCUACAGCGCUUCUGGGUACUAUUACCUAGGGUGGAAUCUGCCUCAUGUUACAGGAAAGUGGACAGUGCCUUGUCUGGUGCUUGCCAGGUGAUUUCCACAUUGAACUAGCCACCACCAGAGGAUUGGACAAACUGUGAAGCCUCCCUGAGGUUUGAGCCUCAUGCCAAGAAUGGAAGUGAAUGUGGCUCUUUUGGUUGAUGGUAAUAGCAAAUGUGGAUCACUGCGAGCUGCAGUGUGAAUAUCACUGGCCUGCAUGUGAUUGUUAUGGUUAAAAUGAAAUCGCUGUGAGAAUGUCAGGCUGGUUUAGUCAUCCCAGUGACUGUGUAACAUUGUUGUCUCCAUGUUACACAGCCACUAUGAUCAUAGACAUGGUUGUGGCUUUAUAUAUGCUACCUUCCCAACCCACUCUUCUCCCCAGCCUCCUAUGCAUGUAGUGUGCUUGCCAGUGCAUAGGAGAAGGGAAUUAAAGAAAGACUGCUUGUACAGAUGGCAGAAUCUCAUUGAUGAAUUGACUGCCAAGUUUUGUCCAGCUUAAGUAGCGAGAUAAAUCAGACGUGUGACAACUGUAAUUCACUUUUAAAAGAUCCAUAUGUGAUCACACAAGUAUAUUUUGUUACAUAUUUUCAAAUGUAAACAAAAUCCAUUCUUAGCUCAGUAUGGUUGCAAUCCUGAGAACAUUUUUUCCCAGAGUAAACUCCAUUGACUAAAAUGGGUCUCUUUUUCCAAGAAGACUUGCUUAGGACUGCUCAUGUGAUGGGGUCCAACAGCUGGACUCCUAAAUCUAUUACAGUAAUAGAUGUUUCAUUGCAAGCAAGGGCUAGCUUGCUUGUGGAUUCUGCUGUAAGCUGUUAAUUUCCCAAUAUUAUUCCAGAGUACAUGAAAGUUUUGGAUCUGACAUCAUUUUGCAUAUAAGUAGAAUCCACCGAAUCAUGGAUAUAAUAAGCAGUUUGUGUUCUUCCUGCCCUUUGGAUUCUACCAUGGACCAUGUUUAAGUUCAACACAAUUAUGGUAACUGCAUAGAUUACUUAUUGUUUCCAAAAUUGUUUCAGAAAUGCUUUUAAUUUCAAGUUAGUUAUACAAGCUUUGAGUGCCUGUAGAUACACAAAAGAAAAAGAAGCCACUGCCUGCUGGAAGUGCCCUGACUGUGUUGUUGACACGUACUUAUUUCCCUUCAGAACUGAGCAGAGGGUAACUAGUUCCAGGCUCUGCACCAGAGCUGUCUUGCACAGGGCUGAUGGUCCAGCUGCCAAUGCUGCACUACACGGAUUCCCCUGAACAGUUUUGACAUUUUGCAAAUGGAUUCUGCUUGAGGAAAAACAAAGUACCAAAUGAACUGAUGAAUGCACAAACGUUCAUAUAACACAGUCCAUUUGAAAAACACUAUAAAGACUACCUUGGGAAGCGGGGAGGUAGGGCUAGAGAUGCACAGUUGUGUGCACAGCUGGCUCUUCAUCAAAACUCCAUGAUGGCAGGAGAAAACAGUAUUCACCUGUGAGACUACUAUUAGCAUCACAUGAACACACGCUUUAAAAAUGAAACUCAAACGCUUUUUAACUACUGCUCACGCACCUGCAACAAUUUAAAUUAAUCAUUUUUGUGUCCAGUGUGGGAAUUGUCACCUUCUGUACAGAGAAAACUGUGUCCAAUAUUAUUGGGCUACUAGAUGUUCCACAUAGUUCUGUUGCUGCCCAUGUCUCAAAUUUCAGCAUUGCCUUUAGACACAUUGCCAAGUCUGACACCUCUGGUUGGGCUUUGAAGGAGUGGAUUGCAACCCCCUUGGCUUUCACCCUCUCCUUGUAGUGAGGAGCCAGAGAACAGCUGUGACUACAUUUCUAGCAGGCCAGGAAUAUACUGGGCUGUUCUGACUGGUGAAAGUGGCAGAUUUUUCUGGAUUUUUUUGUCAGUCAGAUCCAUGGGGGCAAGAAGAAAGCAUGUGGAAAUGGCAAAGGGAAGAAAGGACGGUCUCCUUCAUCCAUCAUUCCUCACACCUCUAUUUAUUACAAGUCUCCACAUGUCUUUUGUUAAAUGUGUUUGUGCUGUGGAGGCCAGUCAUUAUUAUUUUGCUGGUGCAGGCAGAAAGGAAGUGUAUUAGCCGUACCAAGACUCUAAAAAUAAAUGGGCAAUUAAUUAAAACUCAUUUUGGAAUUUUUCCCAGCUUUUAGCAAAUGCAUACGCUCCAGAAGCUUGCUUGGUUAUACCAAACUUUGUAAUAUGUAUAAGAUCUUUGUUAGAGAUCUUGGCUGACAUUGGUAAGUUGUUUUUCUGAAACUGUAAAUAAUUAAAUUCUCUUUUGAUCCAGGAAACUAUUUUAGGGACAACGUGAAAAUGCUUUUGAGGAUAUCUUGGCAAAAUCCAAAGUAAAAACUGUUAAUAUACUAUGUAUAUCACAAUUCUCCUCACAAUUACUAAACCAUUAACAUUCCUCCCGCCACAUUUUGACUUCAAUGAUAGUGGUUGGGAGCUUUUGAAACAACAGCCACCCCUCCCCCCCCCCCACAUCGCAAGAAUAGUGGGCAGAUUUGCCUCAAUUAUCUACGCUAAAAUUGCUUUCCAAUUGGCUAACAUAGAGCUGUGCUCUUUCAUUUUCAAAGUCUAUGGCUCUAUUACAUUCUAUUGGUAAUCUUUGUGGGGUUCUGAGAGAGCUGUUUUUAAGGUAUGGGCACCAUAUUUGCUGCAUAGCUGCAAGUGACUCUCCCUAAGAAGAAGCUCCAAGUUUGGUUAAUAUUUGGGUCAGGGGGUCCAAUUUUAUGGACCCUAAUUUUUUUCUGUAUUGAGAACAAUGGAAGAUGGAUGGGGACACUCACUUUGGGUGCCCAUAAAAUUGGAUCCUGUGUCCCAGUUUCUUCUACAGAGAAAUUAACAUUUUUGUCAGUUUCAAUCAAGCUUGCUUAUAGUUAAGCAUAUGGCACACACUGAUUAAUUGGUACGAGAAAAAUGUAGCAAAGAUAGGCCUAUGUUGGCUCAGGAAAGUUGGUUUCUGCUUCUUCUUUCCCCUUGUUGAAUUGCUUUUCUGUAGGUUGAAAUAAAUGAGAUAUUUAAGAGAUGUCUAGGAUAAGAGCUGGAAAAAUACAGCCCCCCCCCUCUAGUUUAGUACAUUAUUCAGAUGUAAUUCCAAAUGUGGACUUUUCCCACACACGAGCAAUCCUUGUGCUGCCACGCCACCCUCCCAUCAUGCAUUGUGAGUACAUAAAUAUCCUCAGCUUUAGUAUGGAAACCACAGUUUGCUGUUACAUCCCAACUGGCAAACUAUUUUUGCUUCCUCUGGUUUGCAAUUUUAAUUUGGAGAGGAAGCAGAUACAAUUGUUUGGUGUUCAAAUUAGAAAGGCAUAUUUAGGAGUUGCUUUUAUUCAGAAGUUCUUGCAUAAGAUGUAAAAAGCAGCAGUAAAAAGUAAUGAUAUGAGAAAUAUCAAGAAAAAAAUAGCACUACAUCUCCAUGGCUCAUAGUUUUGCCAUUACGCACAAGCAUAAAAGUGCUGGGAAACUGUCAAACUAUUAAGUGGACAGCAUGAGUUUAAUGUACUGGUGGAAGAAAAUCUUAAACCAACCUGUAGGGUGCAUUUUAUUUACUUGAAUGAAAUGUAUCUGUUUUUAAAGUUGCUGUGUGGAUAUAUUUAUGGUGUAGGGGAGAGAUUUUGUAUGUAAUAAACUCUAUUUUGGUAUAAGAAA